CAUUUAUCGAACUGAAUCACAUCAGCCUCUACGCUCUCUCGCCCUCUUCAUCCCACCUCUCUCUACCCUUCAUUCCACCUCCGACAAUGAAUCGUAGAAACAAUAUACUGAUGGUGUGUUAUGGAUCGACAGAUCGAUGACAUUCCUCACCAAUGGUGAUUUUAUUAAAGAGUAGCUAACUAGGGUUUUCGAAGGGUUGAAAUCGAUUUUGAUUUCUGAUUUUUUUUAUACAAUCGUGUUUCCGAUUUUCCGAUCAGACAUGUAAGCGUUGAUGAAUAAAAAGAAAAUCGAAUGGUUGUGAUGGUGGAAUUUGUUCCAGAGCACGCAUUAAACAAGCUGCUCCAUUGUCCAUAAUGUCUGGCCCUGAAUGCUGCAAGAACCCACCUACACUCUCCUCCGGCGGUGAAUCUGGCGAUGUCCUGCAGAUCGCCUCUCUCAAUUCUUACGUUACCGGGAACACUGAUUCGAAGAUCGCCGUUGUUCUGAUUUCUGAUGUUUAUGCUCCAAAAUUGAGUGUCUCUUUCCGACUUCUUCUCCUUGAUUUCAGGAUGAAGAAAAAAGCAAGAGACAUGAAAGGCGUGAUGUUGCCAAAAAAGAAAGACUAAAAUCAUGUCCAUCACAUCUAGGGAGACACAAAAUUGGGGUUGAAUGUUUUUCAAAUUUGAACCUACACCUGUUCAAGUGUUGUUAUCUGAAGAAAUCAUUGGUUCUUUAAGGAAACUCAAGGCAUGUUGCACCCUUGCGAGAGACAGAUACAAGAGCCUUGAGAAAAGAGGAAUAAUUGUGCCUAGUGCUAAGAGUGGCAGGAAAUGAUUAACAACAUAGGAUGAAACUGAUAUGCAACAAGAUAGAGCUUUUAUGCAGCAUUUGUGGUGUUCCAUAUGGAGCGUGUAUCCAGCUUAAGUGGGAUUAAAACAAAAGCCUGGAAUGAGUCCACCUCAUGGUGCAGACCAGAUGAUCCAAACUAACAGAUUGUUGUGGAGGAUAUAUUUGAUGAAUAUGGUGGACGACUUAUGCUUGUUGACAUGGUUAGAUCAGAAAAUAUAGAACAAGCUAUAGAACAAGCUGGUCAAACUAGAUUCAAAGCCAAAAUGCAGGUUUGGAAAAUACCUUUCAAGUUUUGCUCUAAAUCUAUUUUCUUUCGUCUAUGGCAACCUCGGUAGCAGCAACAAGGAUGCUACCUUCUUUUGUUCCCUCAAUUUGAACCACCACCAUUUGUAGAGUCAUUAGAGGAAGUUGAUUUGGAACCUUCAUGCUCCAUUUUCUAUCAAUCUCUCUAGAAGGCCAAAAAUCUGACGAAGAAAGUUUUGAAGAGUGGGCCAUGUGAAGGCCAAGUGCCCCUAGCUUGCUUCCAGGCCAGUGCAGGCUCCAACCCCGGCUAAUUUGAGGAUCUUGGAUGUGAAGACCAAGUGCCCCUAGCUUGCUUACAGACAUUUUAUUUCUUAAAAAACAAACAACACCUUAUUAUACCUUACAUCGGUGCAAUAUGAUCAAAUAAAUGUCUAUUUAUGUUAGAGUUUCAAAUCUUUC